AUGGCCGAGCAACGGGUCAACGUCCAUAUCCCCUCCCACCCAGCCGUCCUGGACAGCGUUCAGCUUCGCAACAUUCAACUUCCCUUGCCCGUUGCACCAGACCCUUGGCAUCGCGACGGAAAGCCACAACCGUGCACCGCAUCACUGAAACUAUCCUACUCAUCCGCUAUCGCGGCCGCAGCCGCCGAUGAUGUCUCCCUCUCCCUCGAUUACGGCAAGCUCUACCGCCGCCUGGAAGAAGACAUCCGCAACAUGGGAAAACACAGCCUCUCCCCGACUCAGCGAAUGAUCAGCGCAGACGGAAGUCGGAGGGAUGAGAUGAUGCGCACAGAGAUUGGGCAGGAUGUAAGGCUGACUGCGGGGAUUGUCGCGAACUGCGGCCUGGGGCUACUCGAUGAGACGGCUGCCGGGAUCCGGAGAAUGUCGCAUGUCCAUGGCCAUCCGGGCUCGAGGAGAGGGAGUGCGUCGGCUGAGAUACAGGCGCCGCUCGCGGGGCUGUCGUUGGCGAGUCCGCCCAUUGAUAGUGUGUUUGGUCAGUGCGAGGUCUGGUUGCAGCUGCCCAAGGCGCUGCUGCGUGCGGAAGAAGGCUUGAAGUAUCGGAGCGUCACUGUCUGGGGGUAUCGGCAGGGAGAUGAGAACAGAGCGCUUGACGCGGAACGUUGCCCUGUUGUCCUGGAGGAGGAGUUCCGGAUUGAUGGUAUCAGGUGCCAUUGUAUCCUUGGGGUGAAUUCCCACGAGAGGGUUGAGAAGCAGGCCGUUAUCAUCUCAUUGGAAUUCAAGGGCCCUGGCCAAUUAGCUUGGGGCUCGACGGUUGUUGAUACUUAUCAGGAGAUGACAAGAAGGGUUGCUGAGCAAGUGGAAGAGACCGCAUUCCAGACCGUGGAGGCACUGGCUACCUUCGUUGCGCGCAUAGUUACCGUGCAGUUUGCCAAUGAACGAGUCACGGUGAGGGUAGAAAAACCCAGUGCACUUUCGUUUGUCGAGAGAUCUGGGAUCGAGAUCACCCGCUCACAGGCAUUCUUCGAGAGAUCAGAUCUGGAAGGAGGAAGGGUAUAG